GCCCCUUGUCAGUCUAGCAGAGAGAUGCGGAGCGAGAUGGACUACUGCGUCUAAAACCCAAAGAUCAGGUGGACCGAGGUGAAUGGACCAAUAUUUCUCCCAUCAUUCACGCACAGAUUAUUACUUCAUUAUUUCGCGCACCGAUAGCGUUCAAAAUGCCUUUUCCACCAAUAAACCUGCACUCACGGAUAUCCUCGCCUACAAAGGAGCUGUUCAGGAAAAAGAAGAGCAGGGACAAUGUCGCACCUCCUCAACCCACGUUCAGUCAAAGGACAGGAGACGACAAGGAGUCUGAGAAAGAUAAACUAUCCACAUCGUGGACAUCGGCCAAUCUAAAGCAGCUGGGACGAAGCAAGCCGAGCAGAGUGCCUCCAGAUCCCGAGACGGACAGCAAACAUUCGUGGUUGAGCGUCCCCAAACCCUUGGCUACCUCAUGCGAAAGCGUCCCGCGGUCCAGUUCUGGAGAGUCCAGCCAUAAAUACGCCUCCAGGACCUCUCUAGCAAAAGAAGGCGGCGAGCAAGAGAUCCACUUCUCCCUCAGCCUGACCCCCGAAGCCAUCCUGGUCAUCCAAAAGCGCAACCUGGAAAAGCAGAUGAUGGCCAAGCAACAGAAGUGCUGCGCUUCCGCGGACUUGCGACACCGGCGGGUUUUCCCGUCCAAGAGAGCUCAGGGCAGCUCCAGUAACAAGAGCUCCGGACCUGUUGCCAAACUGGACGGUUCCAAUGACAUUAGCACCAUUGUGAAGAUCUCCCUCCUCAACGAUCAGUAUAAAUAUGAUGAUGUGGAGUACGAGGAGGAGGAUGGAGACGUGGACGAGACUGUCAUGCGGAAGUGUAAAGAGUGGCUCAAAGGUGUGGAGAGUGCUGCUGCUUUUGGGAAAGUGGAUAAACUGUCAUCUCUGCCUCAUAUUAAAAGCUGAUUAUCUGAACUCAGCCUACUUCAUUCCACACCGAAAGGUCCACUGUGAAGUCUUCAGUUCACGAGUUAUGUGUCAAACACAAAAGUCACCUAAUUUGCUUUUAGAAAUAAUGUCACACAGAAUGCGUACUUGCGUUGGACGGAGCGCAAUGUAAUAUAGAAUAUUGAGUCGCCUUUGUAAAAGCUGAACUUCAAUUUUAAUGAAUAUGUGGCUCUCGGACACAGGACGCGUUCUUCUUUUGGGCAACAGUUUUUAACUUGACUGUGCGGCUUAAAAUCUUGACACACACACACGCACGCACGCACA